AUGGAACUCAUAAAAGAACUUUUAUUUCCCUUGCAGAUGCCUCCACGCACCAAGCAAUCGGCCAAUAGAACAAAGAAAACAAACAACACCCCGCCACCGCGAGCACAACAACCAAUCUCCGCCUCUUACCCAUGGCCGCGAGAACAGGAGGAUGAGCCAAUCAAUCUCGAUGACCCUAUGCUUCUAGAUUUCAAUUGCGACGGGUGGGACAAGGAGACAGCUAGUCGGUACAAUGCUCUCCUCAAGGUCGAGAUACUACCUACCUGUUUCUGCCACGCCGAGACUCUCGUUGAGCUCGGUAUCGAUGAGGAUGUAUUCGAGACACUGCAAGCGAUGGGGAUCUCUCCCCUUUGUUACGCUACGCACGAGCUCUACCCUGAUCUAGUCCGCCAAGUGCUCGCCACUGCCACAAUCAGCUAUGAGGACUGCUCUGCUCCUUCCUACGCCAACUGCUCCUUUUCAUUCAUGGCUGAUGGAGAGUAUUGCUCCCUGUCCCUCGACAAACUCAAUGAAAUCUAUGAGAUCGCGAAUGAGCCGAGAGGGGUAGCAGUGGCGAAGAAGUUCGCCCCAUCAAACACCUUUUGGGAACUCAUUACGACUGGGAACUUCACACCCGGCAAGGCCUACCAGUCACACAUCAGGAACCCGGAACUUAGAGUCAUCGCAAAGAUCAUUUCAAACCUCCUGUUUGCCAAGGAUCAGACCUCCAAAGUGACAAACGGGAAGCUGCAAACCCUGUAUGCAGGUAUUGAGGAUGAGAUACGCGCCUCAGGGUCUGGCAUUCCAAUCACGAAGGUCAAGACGAACCCAGGCUUUCAUUUCAUCACCAUGCUUUGCGAGAGGAGGCUCUGUCUGAUGCAUGGCACGAACAAGAAGGACAGAAGCGGUAGCUUGCUCACACCGCUCUUUAAGCAUUUCGGUAUUGAUCUCAGCAAGUACAAGGUGAACACAGAGAUUCAGUACCUCGACAUCAGGUACCUUAUGGCUUGCCACAUCAUGCGAGAUGAGGACACCUACAGCGUCUCUGACAAGGAGGGUACCCAGCUGUUCGUCAAGCUGCCUCACCCUGAGAUCACCAGGCUCAGCGAGUUUGACAACAUACGCUUUUUCCCACCACCCGAGCUCCUAUGCACUGAUCCUCGUGCUGCUGCACCUGACGCGGAUAUGGAAGAUGUCGAGGAUAUUACCCCAGACGCUGACCCAUCAUACGACCUCUGAGAGCUGGCGGAUGUGACAGAUGAUCAGGCUUUCCGACGCUGGAUGGUUGACUCGCAGCGGCUGCAUUGGCGGAAGUAACCAGCGACAGUCACCAGCAGACCAGACUCCACGAUCGCACCGUCCAGGAAAGGCGCCUAUGGGAACAGGCCCGUCAACUGAGGAAGUUCAUCGCUCGCGCAAUAGACGUUCGGUUGAUCCGGCCGAGAUCGGCGAGUCCGACUGAGUCUGCGAGGACUAUUCUCUAUCCAUUGUUCUAUCCAUCUGAACUCUUUAUUUUUUAUGCUUUACUUUUAUGCUUUGUGUUGUUAUUUGGCUGACCUCGACUUGGUUUCACACCAGGGAUGGUGUAAAUUAAGUCUGGGGGAAGCACUUGUUGUGUGCUGAAACUCUAUUUUUUUAUUUCUGAGUCAGUCCUUAUGUCAUUUGGAUGUUUUAUUGAGUCAGUUUAGGAUCGAGUCAGCUAAAACUCUUGUGGGAAUUAGGACCUUGUGUUGCGAUAAUCUUUUAACCAUCUCGUGCUCUAACAUUCUUAUCCAGUGACCUUAGCAGUGAUGAGAGGCCCACACUUGGACCUAGAACACCCCUGACUUAUCUCAUUUGAUUCUCCAGAAGCUCUCAACCGAUCAGGUUACACUGGGUAGACUCAACUCCACCUAACUUGAACCUAAUCUUGACUGAAAUUCUUAUUGUUAUGGGCACUAGAUCAGGGAAACGAGACUUACACUCAAAACUUCUUACUCCUUUUGCCAAUCUUGCUGAUCCUGAGUGGCUAGCUCUUCUUUAGCUAGUUCCCACCUUGCGCUUAACCCUUUAUUUUUACCCUCAUGCACUCUGUUUUGCAGUGUCAUAUGUGCAGAUAUGUGCAAAAGGGUUGGAAAGGAAAGGAUCGACGCAGCCUCUUACUCGUUAGUGCCACACAUUCAAAGAAGAGAGAUCAAGCAUGAAGAGAACAGUCGAUAAGACCAUGCUCUAACAAGAGAACAGUCUAAGGGUGCAUGUUCUAACCAGAGGAACAGUGGCGACCAGUGAGAAACAAAAGAAUAGACCAUCAGCGGCUGCAAAACAUUCAUUCUGUUGCCUUUCCCUCGCAACCCCAUCACCUUUUAUAUUCAAAAAAAAAAAAAAAAAAAAAAAUCUAUAUAUUGUUUCUAUCUAUUUUAUGGUGAUGGAGAUGGGGAAGGUGAAUCCAAAAAAAAAACACACGCCACUGGGAAGGUUGAGCAAGGAGUUGGUACCAAAUUUUGAGGAGUAGGCAAAGGAAGUAAAGAACUGAAGAACAGUCUCACGGUUGAUCCGAAGGAAAGAACAACUGCACCCGUGAAGCAUAAACGAGUAAGGGCUGUGGACAUCAAUGAAUCCGUCCUCUCCUGCUAUUUUGCGCGAUUUCCUGCAUCCACUUACAUUUGGUAGCCCCUAAACACUCUUAGCUCCAUCAUGAAAUAGCCUAUUUAUUACCUAGCCCGUCUACCCUGAAUAGUGCCUGUGAUGAGAAGCUCACGCUGUUCUUAAUUGAAUUCAAGGAGUUUUGUCUCGAUAGUGUACCCUUUUUCAGGUAUGAGAUACAGAGUAUGGAGCUGAUUCUCGAACAGCGAUCGUGGGUGUUCUGGUAAGGGUGUGUGGUCUGAGUCUACAGCUUGUAUGGUUCAGAGAUGUGUGGUAAGAGUAUGGUUAUUGAGAUCAAGCGAGUUCCCACUCUUUCAAACCUUCCUCCCUGUUCUUGAGGCUUGGCCUCGUUCGAGGACAAACAAGGAUCUAAGUCUGGGGGAAUUGAUAUAUCAUGUUUUUAAUGCCAUUAUAUGUGUGCUUUGAGUUAAUUCUCAGUCCUAAUUCGUGCUUAAUUGGUAUCAUUCCAGGUUUGGAGCAGGUGAAAGAGCAAAGAAGAGAGUUUCAUGAAGUCAGAUGUCAUUUUGGAAUAUUCGAUGCGGAACAGCCAGUUAGAUCAAUCCAAAGGUUGUUCCCGAAGAGAACAAGCGUCUGACUGUUCCCGAUCAUUAAGGAAACUUCCAAUUUCGGAAGUUUGACCUAGAUUUCUUCUCUUCUCUCUUUACCACGGGCGCCUCCAUAUAAAAAGCGGAGGCUAUCAUUUCUAUUUUUUACGCUAGUUUUACGAGAGACCUAGAACGAUUUGGAUUGAGCAACUUGUAAGGGAGAAGGCUCCAUCUCUCAUUUUCAAGAGAAGAUCAUCCUGAACCCUUGUUUUUCUACUUUAUUUUAUAUGCAGUAUUAUUCAGAAACCAUAUCUGCGUCAUCUUGCUUUAUGAUUGAGUAGUCGGAUAAGCUUGCUUAGGGUUGUAGGGUGUCAAUAGCUGAGCUGAACACAAAUAAGUGAUCUUAACUGUUCUUCAUUCAUAUUGUUCUUACUGCUUGCAUUGAAUUGAUCACUUAAUGUUCGAUCUCUAGUUUAAUCACCUAGCUAACCGCUUAGGAGAUAAAUCGACAUAUAUUGAAUGAGCUUCAUGUCCCUAAUCAGCGAGAGUAGAUAUUAGGGCAUUAAGUGAACUAAUCGGACCUGAUCUCUGAGCUUGUUAUCGCGUCUUGUUCCAAGUGAGAGCUUAGGACUCAAGACCGAUCAACAAAGGGAACAAGUCCACGAUAGUGGAUUGUUCUAGUCGAGUGAUCCGAGUUCUAGACUGCACCUCAUUGCACUUGAAUAGUUGUUCCGUUCCGCAUUGACACCUGAUGAAUAACCCUAAGCCAGCUUUCAUUUAAAUCGAAUUUCAAUCUCUAAGUAUUCUAGUUACUUGCGUCACCAUUGAUUUAAAAACUCCACUUGUUUCCCAGCUUAAUAUUGAACUCAUUAGAGUAAAGAGUAAACUGGUCCUCUGGAUUGAAUCUCAAAUAUUACAAUCACCACUGUUAACUUGACAGUAGCAAGGACUCAUUUUUAGUGUAUCAGAACUCUGGUUGAAAUUACCCUUAUUUCCAUAGGAGUUUCUGUUUCCACCCUGGUUUCCAAAACCUUGGAAUCCAGUUCCACUGAUGAAGUUCACAUCUUCUUUUUCAUCUGCUCUACCCUCUGUGUCUACAGCCUCUGCAUUGCGGUUUAGAGGGGUAGGAAUGUUUUCCGCGACCCCAUUACUCUACUCUAAUAGAAUGAUCACACAUUGAUUAGAAGCGAGGGCUAGAUACAUUAUCCAUAUCAAAUUUAGAGAGUAUAAACAUUAUCGAUGAUCCCACUAUUCACCUAAAGCUUUUCCCUGUAAUACUAUAUAUACUCUUUAAAAAACACACAAAUCGGAUUCAGAGAAAAGGGGUUGUAGGUCCAGAUACUUGCUUCAGUUAAUUCCAUGUAUGCUUUGAUCGAUACUCCCAAGAUGUUACAUGUAGUGAUUUUAAAUUAUGUGAGUCCUUGUUGUUUUAAAAAACUCUUUCAUUAGGAUUAUUCUUGUUUUGCUCGAGGACAAGCAAAAGAGUAAGUCUGGGGGAGUUGAUAUACCAUGGAUUUUACCAGUUUUUAGCUAUGGUAUAUAAGUGUUUUAGAACCUAUUUAUUAUGUUUCGAGUCUUUUUAGAGUAUUUACAGGUUCAUGAGUGUUUUGGAGCAAUGUGGUGAUUUUGGAGCAUUUUGUAGAUAAAGUUAGAAGAAACUCGUCUGUCGAACCAGUCCAGAGUCGACAUUCAGAGUCAAACGUCGAUCGACAAAAACCUCAUGUCGUCGAUCGACAGCAAAGCGCGCAAGGCCCGACUUGGUUCCCAGCCGACUUAUAGCCGAAGUUCCACAACAAUUACAUAUAUACCCCCGAACAACUUUAAUCUAAUAUUUAUGUGCUAUGCCAUUAUUUUGGGCAACACACGCUUUUCGUACUUUCAUAUUUUCCGAGAAAACAUAUUUAGGAUGUUUAGUAGUUUGGAGAGAAGAUCCAAGACUCCUUCAGAGCUUUGUAUUGGAACCCAAGUAUUUCUACUAUAUUCUAUUAUAUGCUUUCUAUUCAAAUUUAUAUCAUGUCUAGCUUGAUUAUAUCUGAGUAAUUCACUUGUUAGAUUUAAGGUUCAUUAUGGUAUUGAGGGAUUAGCCCAAACUAUAUAACUGCUAAGGUGAUAGACAUCCUUCAAGGAAUUUCUUGUAAUGCUUGUGUUUAAAGUAGCAAACAAGAACCCUGAUUUUAGGUUUGUGGACAACUACGACGGUAGGUUCUGCACUAGAAUAGAUUCCCUUAAGCUAUGAUUGCUAGAACAAGUGACAUCUUAUUUAGUUAAGACUAGUGAAUCUAUCGAUCAACUCGCUAAAGCUUACCUAAGGAAACAUCGAUCGACGUUAAUCUCAUAGCAUUGAUCGACGUUGGAUCUGUAUCAACAAGCAGAAGCUAAGAUAUUGUCCUUAGUCAAUAGGAUUGAUUCACAUGCGGAAGCUGGAAUACUUUUUCAUUAGAAUUCGAGUUCUAAGAUUGACAACCUAAGCAUUCUAUAUCAUUAUAAUCCUGAUUACCUAAAACUCUAGAUCUAGCUGCUUUCUCAUAACUGUUACAACCUCAAUCAAUCAAUCAACUGAACAACUAUCUUGUUCACCUCUGCUGUUUAUUGAUUUACUCUGUUUGCCUAGGUUAAUCCUAAACUAAUUAGGAUCUAUUGUGUGCCCUAGCUCCUUGUGGAUUCGAUCCCUAAGUACUACGACUGAUCCUCUUAUUUGAGAGAGUAAAAGUCACUCUUUGGGGUAAUUUGAGUUAUAUCAGUGCUCAUGUGGAAGAACAUGAUAUGGUGUCUAUACCACUUGUGCAAAGUAUGCAGGCUUCAGCUCGAAUCGUGCCCAUGUUAAGUAGGAUGACGAAUUGCAGAUCUGUUGGCGUAGUAUUGAUAUGGGUAGUUGUAGUCAGCCAAAGAUCUGGGUAGAGUGGCCUGGACAUUCUCUUCAGCCUGAGUAUUGGCUGCAGCAUUCUCAACAUCAGCAGCUUGUUGAUUAGCUGCUUCAGGAUCAGGGAUUAUAGCCCCAUGAUCAUCUAACCUCUAACAUGCUGCAUUACACAGAUGACCAUCCUGGUCAUGCAGGUCGCCAAUCUCAUCACGUAUCAGCACUAGAGUCGCAACCAUGUCUGCUCGCGAGUUGAUGUUGAUUGAUGUUCAGGUUGAAGUGUCGAUAGUCGGUCGCUCACAGGUAUCCUUCGACGAAAUUGAGUUGAUGUCGAUCGAUACUGCAUGUCUCUCUUUGCAGAUUGAACGUUCCAAAUGUGCAGGAUCUGAGAAUAAAAGUGAUUUUUUUUCCUUGUUGCUUCAGGUACUGAUAGGCAUUUACCUGAAAAUUUAAGGAAAAAAAAUUCGUAAGUAAAAAUAAAUGAGAAAAAUAUCCUAGACUAAAUCAAAUAAAUUGAGUCUAAUAGCAAUCCAAUGCUCCUCGUAAACGGCGCCAAAUUUAAUAUAACUCAAAUUACCCAAUGAGAGAAUUUACUCUCUCAAAUAAGAGGUUCAGUUGUAGUACUUAGGGAUCAAAUCCACAGGAAAUGGGGGAAACAAUAAACUCAAUGCAAUAACGAUUAAGCUAGGCAAGUAAUUAUAAAAGCAUAAAUAAAGCAGAACAAAGUAGUUGGUUGUUUGGUUUGCAAAUAUGAGAUCAAAUACCUAGAUCCAGGGUUCCAAGCAAUCUGUAUUCUAGUAUUAUAAAAGAUAAGGGUGUGUGAAUGACAAUCCUAGAACUCAAUGUUCGAUCGAUGCUAUCGAAUGAGUGUUGAUCCACACUGCCUUAGGCAAGAGUUGCCGAUCUGAUCGAUUUGUUCACUAGUUUCACCAGAUUAGCUGUCGCAUAUUUCUAGCAAUCCUAACUCAGCAAAAUUAGUGCAGGAAGGGAACCUACUGUCGUAGUUGUCUUAAAUCUUUAGUUCAAGGUUCUAGUUAGCUAAUCUAGAACACCGGCAAUAAAAACAAUUCUUAUGAAAGAUGUUUUAUGAAUGCACCCUAGCAGUCCUAUAUGUUUGGAUAAUCCAUCAAAACCCUAUUAACCCUAAGUCUAACAAGAGAAACUACUCAGGCAUGAUCAAGAAAAGCAUGAUAAUAAACUGAAUAGAAUGCAUAAAAAGAAUAAGGUAAGAAAAAAUGGAGUUCCAUUACAAAGGUCUGAAAGAGUUUUGGAUCUUCUCUCAAACCCUACUAAAAAUCCUAUAAGUGUUUGAUGUGAAUGAUAGAAAUUAAAAGCGUAGUGUUCUUCCCAAAUAAUGGCAAACACUAUAAAUAUUAGGUCCAACUUGGGGUAGUCUUGUAAUUAUGUGGAUCAUCUAGGCUCAAGUCCGUCUCGAAUAAGACGGUCAGCCCGUCUACGCGCGUCAUUUUCAAGCGACUACAGAGAUUGUAUUGAUCGACAGUCUAUCCGAAUGUCGACUUUGGCUGGUUUUUGAACGUAUUCGAGUUUAUUAUAUCUUUAGCUCCAAAAUGCUCCAUAAUCUCCACAUUGCUUCAAAACAUACAUGGACCUGAAAAUACUCAAAAAAGACUCCAAAACACCUAAAAUAGAUUCUAAACAAUUAUAUAGAAUGGCUGAAAAUUAAUAAUAUUCAUGGUAUACCAAGUGACAAGAUAUAUGCUCCAUUAUGUUUUCAUUAGUCGGGAGAUCCGAUGAGUUCCAUACCUCAAGAAUAACUUGUCUAGCAAAUAUUUAUCAAACAAAAAAAUUCUAAUAUUAAAAUAGUGUGAUUGCAACUAUAUAUAUAACUAUUAAUAUCAUCUAAAUUAAUUUUUCCAUAAAUUUUCUUUAAAUUCAUGGAAGAAACGAAUUUUUGAUCAUUUCCUUAACUUAGACCAUUUCUAAUGAUUAAUUUCAAUUGUCAAACUAAAUUUAGAAUAUUUCAAAACUAAGUGAAUUUAAUUUGAUCCAAUAAUAAUUCUUAUAUGUGGGUUAAGUCAUAUAAUUUAUAUAUUUUUCUUUGACGUUUCUAACUAUAGCUUCACUAAAAUAUGUAACAGUAUUAGAAUCAUUUUUUGUAACUGCAGUAUUAGAAUCAUUCACUCGAUAUAUUGUUAAAUCUGAAAAAAAUAAAUUUAGAAACAUCAGAACCUUGCGUUCACUUUCAUUUUGUUUUAAAAUUCUCCUAAUUAUUUGUGAAAUUUGAUAAUUAUUGAACAAAUUCCUCAGUCAAAUCAUCUUAUAUUGGAUUUAGAAACGUGAAUUUUGGUUAACAUCUAUAAAUAGAAUAUUGGAUUUUUAUUUUCAUUCAUAAUAUUGAAUCAUUCUAUAAUUUUCUCUACACCUCUCCAUAUUUCUAUGUUCUUUACAAGAAUGCCUAAACAUGGUUCUCGUUCUGUUGGGUAUUCUAAAGAAGAAGAUAAACUUCUAUGUCAAGUUUAUAUGAAAGUUUAUCAAAAUCCGAUCAAAGGUUUUUAUCAAACAGCCGAUCAGUUUUGGGAUCAUGUGGAAGAAGCUUUCAAGAAUGGGAAACCCAAAGCUUCGAGUGAACGUUCAAAAAAAUCUCUCCAAUGUCGAUUUCAAACAAUCGAGAGAGCAACAAAGAAACUACAUGCAUGCAUCAAACAAUGCGAAAACAAACAUUCAAAUGGUGUUUCAAAUGUUAAUAUUUGCAAUCAAGCUAAAGAAAUGUUAAUGGAAGAUCCAAAAUACAAAUCUGGGUGGAAAUUUGAUCAUGUGUGGAACAUUAUUAAGACUUCUGAAAAGUUUGAACAUGGUGUUACUUAUUCUAGAAAGCCAUCAGAUUCUUGCGGUUUCGAGUCUACAUAUUCAGAUUCAGAAAAUCCAACAACAAAUUCUGAGAUACAAGCAUCUCCAAGUGUAUCGUCAUGUUCAUUUAACUUAGGUGACAAAGAUGAUCUUAUUGGUGGAUCCUUAUCUCAACAACCUAUUGGAGUAAAAAAAAUUUCACUGAAAAGAAGAAGCGAUGAUCGAACAUCGGCUAUAAUCAAGAUUUUAAAAGAAGGAAACAGACAACUUCUUGAACAUUUGAAGAAGACAAGUGCACACAUACAACAUUGCAUGGAGAUUCAAAGUAAGAAUUUUGCAUUAAAAAAAUUCAAGGAAGAAAAUAUUUUUUUACUUCAAGACUUGAAUUCCAUACAAGAUGCAAAUAUCCGUGCUUACGUUCAAAGUGAACAAAAAAGAAUAUUAAGAAAAAGGGUUGAUCAAAAAGAACCUUCUGCAUCCACUUCUAUAGAACAAUAAAUGCAUUUGGAAUCUAUCUACAAAAGAAUUAAGUGACGAGUUUAUGUUGUCUUAAGUUUUAUUUUUGAAACAACAAUUCUUUUAUUUUAUAUUCAUUGUUGGUUAUUGAUUAUGUGGUUUUAAUAUAUUUUUUCUUAUUUUAAUAUAUUAUUUCUGAUUUUUAUAUUGUCUAAUUUAAUGUAUGCUAUUUUCCAUCUUAAAAUAAACUCAUCAAACAGUGAUUUAUAAUUUUUUUACAUUUUAUUUUAGAGUAUAAUAUUUUUUUUGAUGAAAUUUCAAAUUUAUUCAUCCUUUAUGGGAACUAACAUUUACAAAAGAAUAAGAAUCUACUUUUAACUACUAUGCUAUGUUGGAAUAUGUGUAAUCUAUGAGUAGCAGAGAAAAACAAGUAGAAUCAUGACUACAUAGUGUGGACAAACCACCGGCCCAUCAGUCCUUCAAGCUUGUGUCCUGCUUUGUACUUAAGAGAUGAGAUGCGAUUCCGAAUCGCUUUGUCAAUUAGCUUGCCCAUAGCUUCUGCAGUCAUCCAACUAGUAUGGUGCCUCCUCGUAUUUUGUUCGCUCCAAAUAUGAUAUAUAGUCGUUUGAAAGAGCAUUUUGAUAAGAAUAGUAUCCAAUGUCCCAUCUCAAAGCUCCUCCAUGUAGUCAAGCGUGAGCUGCCAAUCCGGAUCAGUAUGAGAGCCAAUAAUGUGAUUUGCCAACCCAUGCCAAACCGUAAAGGAGUAUGGACACGCGAAGAACAAAUGAUCCCUUGUCUCGUCGACUUCUCCACACAACAUACAUCCUUGGAUCAUCCCCCAUGAGCACAUCCUAUCAUUAGUUUAUAGUCUAUUCUUGACUGCAAGCCAAGUGAUGAACGAGAACUGCGGUACCUCUUGUGUGAACCAAACAACUUUACUCCAUCUCACUGGUUCCUUUCUCAAACGAAUUUGUUGCCAUGUCUUCGCAGAUGAGAAGUUGUCUUGAUAGUCGUCAUCUCCAACCUUCCAUAGGACCACAUCUCUCCCAUGCUGAGCUCCAGGCACUGGUUCAGCAGUAAUGGCAGCAUGAAGCUCGUGAUAGUGGCACCUCCGCUGUCCUCGAAUUGCCUAUUUGUUCUGUUUAACCGCAUCACUAACAGUGGCACGUCGAGGCAACCCAAUGUAGGUAGUACCAGCUGCACAUGUGACAUCGAUCAAACGCCCCUUAUCCAGCCAAUUAUAAAACCAGAAGAAGGUUGAUUUCCCAUCCUUGACCUCGAACCUGAGAAAAUCAUAGGAAAUAUCUCAAAGUUUGAGGAGUUUCCUCCACAUCCAAGAUCCUUUCUGUGUGUCUCUCACAUCCCAGAAGGAGCUACCCUUGAGCAAAU